AAAAUAAGCAUGACGGCGUGUUCUCUGUUACAGACACUCAAGCGAGUACGCUCCGGAAUAACUCUGGACUGGAGAAGCAAAAAUCACGAUGCAAGUUGAUGACCUUCCCCUCCCCCCACCUACCACCACGACAGGCCAGAACUAAUGCGAUGGAGCGGGGAAGUAACAAAGCGAAGCAGGUGGUGAGAGGGCUUGGAUCAUCUUCGAGGCCGGUAACCUUAUCAGCAAAUCGCACAGAUGUGGGUAAAGGAGCUACAGAUAGUGGUCCUGUUAUUGUGGAAUUUUGUAAACGCAAUUCCAGUAACGUGGAAGGACAAGAAGAUUGUAUGUUUCUACACAGGGAGGAACAGAAACAUUCCCGAAUCGGGAAUAUUCCCACUCCGGGACCUAGAUCCAGGAUUAUGUACUCACCUGAUCUAUGCCUAUGCAACACUGGAUGAUAAUGACAGAUUUGAGGCCCACCAUAUCUACUUGGACUGGGAAAAAGGAUAUCCACAAUCCAGCUCUGAACAGUAUUACAAGAAGAAUCCUGUGAAGAUGGUGGCUGUAGGGAAAGGUCUGUCUCACAAGUUGUCAGCCAUAGCUGCAGAUGAGGAACGGAGGAGGACGUUUGCCAGAAAUUCUGUGCAGUUUCUCCGAACCAACAAGCUCGGUGGGAUUAACCUGAGCUGGCACCGCCCAGGCUUCCCUCUUGGCAGCGCUGACGACAGAGUGAAUUACAUUCUGCUGUUACAGGCACUCCGUGAAGAGUUUGAGCAAGAAAGUAGAGCAACUGGCAAGAACAGCCUUCUGAUAUCAAUAGAUGUUCCUCACGACCCCAAAGUAUUGGACGAGAGAUUCGACAUUCACAGUCUGAGCAAGUAUCUGGAUUUCAUGAAUGUUUUCGCCUUCAACUACCGGAUUCCUGUAGAGACGGAGACGAGUCAAUUUGCCCCACUCUACUCUUCUGGUCUUAACGACAAGUCCCAAAGCAAUAUUGAUUUUACAGUCAAAUAUUACCUUGGUCAGGGAGUGGAUAGGGAAAAACUAAUUCUAGGUGUGCCAACCUACGGACGGUCCCUGGUCAUUUAUGGAUCGGAAGAACACAUUAGUGACCUCCACCUCGAGGAUGGGUUUGGCUUGGAGGAACAUCUUUCCAAGGCAGAGGGAUCCCUCCCUUAUUUUGAGAUUUGCAGACUCUUGAAAUCUGGAAAUUUGCAAAUUGAAAAUCCCUCUUCACCGUUCGGAGUUACUGCUCGCCAUAACAAUUAUUUUGUUGGUUUUGAAGAUAUCAAUUCAGUCAAGUUAAAAGCAAAGUAUGCAGCUCAAGAAGACUUAGGAGGUCUCAUGUUCUGGACGAUUGAUUAUGAUGAUUUCAGAGGAGACUGUCACGGGAAGAAGUUUCCACUUAUUGAGUCGGGGAAGGAAGCAUUACUGGCAUCAGUUGUACAAGAAUUCAAAUCAUCAAACAAUGUCCAAGAAGAACCUCUGAGGCCUUGGUUCACAUACACCUCAUCUACAAACGCCAUCCCUGAAAGAUUUGUGAAUUCCAACUUCACUCAGACCACAGAAAACAAUGUGGCAGAGCCUCCAAUGAAACGAUCAGCAUUGUCUGAUGAUGGAGAAGGCCCUAAUAGCAGUGAUUCUCCCGAUCGCUCCGACGGCGAACGUCAGCGUAUUCUUGACCAACUUAUAGACCUCGUCAAAAGGAUAGGUGGAGUAUCAGUGUUGGAAAGACUUCUGAUCGCUCCGGCACGUACACUCAAUCGCUCACCUCUGAUCACCAAUCUAGAGACUUACACAUCGGACUACGGACCCACUGUGACGUCUCUAACUGUAACUUCUCCUCCUUUAUUCCUGAAGAAAGCGCCCACCCCUAUAGUGCUUACGAACUUCACUAUAAACAUAGACAAGAUCAAUAUAGAUUCAGGUGUCCUAGGAAGGCCUUUACCCAACUGAGGAAGUACAAUACCAAAUACUUUGUGUUACCUAAGAACGUUUUAUCGCGUUCGAUGAUUAACUAUUAUAAGACCAAACAGCCAUAUUGUUUAUGAAGUUGAUUUUUUUCAAUUUCGUAAAAGGACUAACAUCAUCUGUUUGUGUUCAGAAUUGUGUACCUUCAUCACUUAAAACUCAAAGGAAAAUCAGUGAUAUAUGUCGCAGCUGGAAUAAUAAGUUCAUCACUAGUACCAAAAGUGUUCUUUUUUGGUACAGAAUCAUGUUUUCUAUCCAAAAUGAUAGCCAAAUAUGGAAAUUCUAUCAAGGACAGGUUGAAUAAAUACUAUAGGUUAUGAAUGAUACUUUUCAUCACACUGUAAAUAAUAAAAAAGUAUAAUUAUUAUAAAUGUAAAAACUGGAAAGGCAGUAGUGGAACUGACUGACAGAAGUGACUACUUCAUAUAAUGGGCUGUGAAUAUAUAUCAAUAACCAAUAUAAAAAGUUUGAACCUUGAAGUAAACGUUGCAAGUGUUCAAGGAUUAAAUUUAAAUCUGACAUUUACAGAGUCAGCCAUUUAAAUAUGAGUAGAAGUGUUGCAAAUGGUUUCGCAAUUACCGAGAUGGCCACUAGCUGAGAGGCCAACUACGAGGUGUGUUCAAAAAGUAUCGCGAAUUUUGUGUACUUAAAAAAAAAAUUAUUUAUUUAUUCGUGAAUAUCUAUUUUGUCCCCUUCAAAGUAACCCCCCUGGGAUAUUAUACACUUGUGCCAACGUUUUUUCCAAUCUUCGAAGCACUUCAAAAAAUCAUUUUUUGUAUCUUGUUCAGCACCUCCUUCGAUGCCAUCUCUAUCUCGUCAAUCGUGGCGUAGCGUCGUCCUUUCAUGGGCCUCUUCAGUUUCGGGAACAAGAAAAAGUAACAGGGGGCCAGAUCUGGGGAAUACGGUGGCUGCGGUAUCAUUAGUGUGUUGUUUUUGGCCAAGAAGUCGCAUACAAGUAGCGAUGUGUGAGCAAGGGCGUUAUCAUGGUGCAAAAGCCAAUUUUUGUUUUUCCACAAAUUCCGGCGUUUCUGGCGGAUUGCUUCGCGAAAAUUGCGCAUAACUUGCAGGUAAUAUUCCUUAUUCACUGUUCU